GUCGUUUAGGGACAAGUCCCUAGUGUUCUUCGUCCCCAUUUCCUCUACUGUCAAACUCACAUCCCUCCCUACCGUCUCUCUCUCUACAGCUCCAAUUCCUGAUUUCCCAGUCUCGGGUUAGCUCCUGUCCCGUCUCUUCGGUGAUUUCUUCGCGCCCAACUCUUAAGGGUGAUUUUGAAAACACAUUGACAGAAACAGGCGAUUCACAUGCACACACACACGCCAUUGCUCCAUAUGCAGGAGAUGCAGGGUUUGGAUUCUCCGACCUAGGAUGCUUUCGGUGAUUAAGAACCCAGAAAGAGGCUUGCGUUUUUGAGGAAUCUUAACUUGGAACUUGGUGAUUGUGCAUGGUUAGCUGUAGUAGACGCUGUUUUCUUCGGCUAAAUUCGACAAAGAAUUUUGCAGGUGCAUAGAGUAAAGCUGUAGGGUUUUGGAAUUUUGCCAUCAGCAUGAAUUACCUAAUUGGAGCUUUCAAGCCAGCCUGCACCAUUUCAAUCACAUUUUCCGAUGGAAAAACACGCAAGCAGGUUCCGCUAAAGAAGGAAAAUGGUCACACAAUCAUGGUGCCCCUUUUCCAAAGUCAAGAAAACAUUGCUGGGAAGAUUUCUAUAGAACCAUUUCAAGGGAAGAAGGUUGAUCAUAAUGGUGUGAAAGUUGAGCUCCUUGGCCAGAUAGAGAUGUACUUUGAUAGAGGCAACUUCUAUGACUUUACUUCCCUUGUUCGUGAACUGGAUGUUCCUGGAGAAAUAUAUGAGAAGAAAACAUAUCCAUUUGAAUUUUCCACCGUUGAAAUGCCUUAUGAGACAUACAAUGGGGUGCAUGUGAGGCUUAGGUAUGUCGUGAAAGUUACCAUCACUCGUGGUUAUGCUGGCAGUAUAAUGGAACACCAGGAUUUUGUGGUUCGAAAUUAUUCCUCACCACCAUCCAUUAACAACAGCAUCAAGAUGGAAGUUGGAAUUGAAGAUUGCCUACACAUUGAGUUUGAGUAUAACAAAAGCAAGUAUCACCUGAAAGAUGUUAUAAUUGGCAAGAUAUAUUUUCUUCUUGUAAGAAUCAAGAUAAAAAAUAUGGAUCUGGAGAUCAGGAGACGAGAAUCAACGGGUUCAGGUGCCAAUACCCAUGUUGAGACAGAGACACUUGCUAAAUUUGAGCUGAUGGAUGGUGCUCCUGUUAGAGGUGAAUCAAUUCCAAUCAGACUGUUCCUUAGCCCUUAUGAACUGACUCCUACGCAUCGAAAUAUCAAUAACAAAUUCAGUGUGAAGUAUUAUUUGAAUCUUGUUCUAGUUGAUGAAGAGGACCGGCGGUACUUUAAACAGCAGGAAAUCACUAUAUAUAGGCUUCAGGAAACUUCUUCCUGAUUACGUAUCUUUACAGGUUUGGAAGGGAAGAGAAGACUAAUUGUCUCAUAGACACCUUGUAAAGCUUCUUUAGGUUUCAUUUCGUUACAGAUUCCAUUUUUUUUUCUUUUUCCCCAAUGAAGGUUAGAAUGGCUUGGUGGUACUCUUGCCUAGUGAAAGCUUUGUUACGAUAUAGUCACAAAUUAUGUAACAUGAGCCAUGCUGGGGGGGGGGAAGAUCUCUGCUCGUUGUUAUGAUACAAUGAACUAUUAUCUGAAACCAGCUUUUGUGACUUACUGUUGUAGCAAAACUCUCUACUUUGUUUGAAACUAUAUAGAGCAUCCUCUGUAUUUUUAA